CACGGGCCCUGGCAACGUGAAGCUGCUUCCGGGUGCGGAGUAGCACAUGCGCUGGAGCCGAGUUACACUACUGUCAUCUGCUGAAUGUGUGAGACUUAAACCAUGGGACUUGUCAGUUUAGAGAAAAUCGUUACCCUUCAAAAGAGGGCUGCUAACAUUCGGAAUAUAUGUAUAUUGGCACAUGUGGACCAUGGUAAAACAACAUUGGCUGACUGCCUCAUAUCUAGCAAUGGUAUAAUUUCCAACAGACUGGCAGGAAAGUUGCGAUAUUUGGACAGCCGUGAAGAUGAACAAAUCCGAGGAAUCACAAUGAAAUCCAGUGCAAUUUCUCUGCAUUACAAAGAUGAUGAAGAAGAAUAUCUUAUCAAUCUCAUUGACUCACCUGGGCAUGUUGACUUUUCUUCAGAGGUCUCAACGGCUGUCCGUCUUUGUGAUGGAUGCAUUAUUGUGGUUGAUUCUGUAGAAGGAGUCUGUCCUCAGACACAGGCAGUAUUACGGCAAGCUUGGCUUGAGAAUAUCCGUCCGGUCCUGGUGAUCAAUAAAAUAGAUAGGUUGAUAACUGAAUUGAAACUUUCCUGUUUAGAAGCUUAUUCCCAUCUCCAAAAGAUACUGGAGCAGGUCAACGCAGUUACUGGAAGUCUAUUCACCUCUAAGGUCCUAGAAGAGAGAGCAGAGAAGGACAUGGCAAGUGAUGUUCCAUCUGAGACUGUGGAUGGAGAUCAGGUGUAUGAUUGGAGUGCUGGUCUGGAAGAGACAGAUGAUUCCCACCUUUAUUUUUCACCAGACCAGGGCAAUGUUGUAUUUGCCAGUGCCAUAGAUGGCUGGGGAUUUACCAUUGAUCACUUUGCCCAACUGUACAGUCAGAAAGUUGGUAUUAAGGCUGCUGUACUUCUGAAGACACUCUGGGGAGAUUACUAUCUGAAUACCAAGGCCAAGAAGAUCAUGAAAGGCGCUCAGAGCAAAGGGAAGAAACCUUUGUUUGUACAACUCAUCUUGGAUAAUCUUUGGAGUCUGUAUGAUGCUGUUAUUAAAAGGGAGAAGGAAAAGAUAGAUAAAAUAGUUUUAUCCUUGGGGUUAAAAAUCAGCCCUCGGGAAUCCCGACACUCUGACCCAAAAGUACAUGUGAAUGCUAUCUGCAGCCAGUGGCUUCCAAUAUCACAGGCAGUUCUCUCCAUGGUAUGCAGGAAACUGCCAAGCCCCUUAGAUAUUCCUGCCGAAAGGGUGGAAAAACUGCUCUGCGUUGGGUCCCGAAGGUUUGAUUCUCUGCCGCAGGAGACACAGCAACUGAAAGAGACGUUUCUGAAGUGUCGGAGUGAUGAGACGGCACCGGUCAUUAUUUUUGUUUCCAAAAUGUUUGCCGUUGAUGCAAAAGCUUUACCUCAGAACAAGCAGAGGCCAUUAACUCAGGAAGAAAUUGCACUGAGAAGGGAACUUGCACGGCAGAGGCAUGCUGAAAAAAUGGCAAUCAAUCAAGAGCAACUGCCGGCAGAGCAGGUUCCCUCUAGCAAUGAAUGCGAAAUGCCUGCAAACAAAGAGAACACAAAAGGGGAUAAACAGACAUCACACAGAGAUCCUGAGGUCGUUAAGCCUGAGAAACAAGAAGCUGAAAACAAGAGUUAUUUUAUUGCAUUUGCUCGAGUCUUUAGUGGAAUUGUUCGUAGAGGCCAAAAGAUCUUUGUUUUGGGUCCAAAAUAUGAUCCUGCAGAAACAUUAUUAAAGUUACCACUAAACUGCACUCCUGCAUGUGACCUGCCUGGCAUCCCCCACAUGGCGUGCUGCUCUCUGGACAAUCUUUAUCUUCUCAUGGGCCGUGAACUGGAAAAUUUAGAAGAAGUUCCUGUAGGCAAUGUUUUAGGUAUUGGAGGUUUGGAAGAAUUUGUUCUAAAGUCAGCAACACUGUCCACUUCACCAGCUUGUCCACCCUUUAUUCCUCUUAAUUUUGAAGCAACUCCAAUUGUCCGGGUAGCUGUUGAACCAAAGCAUCCAAGUGAAAUGCCCCAGCUGGUAAAAGGAAUGAAGCUUUUAAACCAGGCUGACCCUUGCGUGGAGGUUUUAAUACAAGAAACUGGAGAGCAUGUCCUGAUCACUGCUGGAGAAGUUCACCUACAGCGCUGCUUGGAUGAUUUAAGAGAGAGGUUUGCUAAGAUUCAGGUCAGUUCGUCUGCUCCUAUAAUACCGUUUAGAGAAACUAUCAUAAGGCCACCUAAAGUUGAUAUGGUGAAUGAAGAGAUUGGAAAGCAACAGAAGAUUGCGGUCAUACAUCAAGUCAAAGAAGAGCAGAGCAAGUGUCCUGAAGGAGUCCAGGUUGACCCUGAUGGCUUAGUCACCUUGACUACACCAAAUAAGCUAGCUACACUGAGUGUCAGGGCCAUGCCCCUUCCAGAAGAAGUGACGCAGCUUCUGGAAAAAAACAGUGAUUUAAUAAGAACAAUGGAGCAAAUAAAUAUGGCUUUAAAUGAAGGUAGCUACACCAUUCAUUUUAAUGAGUCAGCCAUUGAAAGGAUAACCGCAUUCAAAAGUAAUCUCCAGCAACUCCUGCAAGGAAGAAGGUGGAGGAAUGCUGUGGACCAGAUAUGGUCCUUUGGCCCAAGACGUUAUGGCCCAAAUAUCUUAUUGAACCGAAUUGAAGGUUAUGACAGGCCAUCAGUUUGGCAGUGCCUUGAAAAAAGUAUUAGAGAGGGGAAAUAUAGAAAUUUUGACAACAGCAUUGUUAGUGGAUUUCAGCUAGCAACUCUUGCUGGCCCCAUGUGCGAGGAACCACUAAUGGGUGUGUGCUUUAUUGUGGAAAAGCUGGAUCUGAGCAGGCCUUUGCUUGCUAAAGAUAGUGCUAGCCAAGAUUCAGAAGUGGAUACCAGAACAGAGCCAGAACAUAGUGAAACUGGGACAACUGGGACAACUGGGGCCUUAAUCAAUAAUAUCUCAACAUCAGCCACUGAGGAAACAGAGUUAAUUCCUGAAAAUGGUGCAAGACCUUUCAGCAAACGAAAAGGUGACUUAUUGACAGAUUGCUAUGGGCCUUUUUCUGGACAACUUAUAGCCACUAUGAAGGAAGCUUGUCGUUAUGCAUUCCAAGUUAAACCCCAGAGACUCAUGGCUGCCAUGUACACGUGUGAAAUAAUGGCAACUGCUGAAGUGUUAGGUCGAGUCUAUGGUGUCCUGUCAAAAAGAGAAGGCCGUGUUCUGUUGGAAGAGAUGAAAGAAGGAACAGACAUGUUCAUUAUCAAGGCAGUGCUGCCGGUGGCUGAAAGCUUUGGCUUUGCUGAUGAAAUAAGAAAGAGAACAAGUGGCCUGGCCAGCCCACAGCUGGUGUUCAGCCACUGGGAGGUGAUUUCUAGUGAUCCAUUCUGGGUACCAACCACAGAGGAAGAAUACUUGCACUUUGGAGAAAAGGCAGACUCUGAAAACCAGGCCAGAAAAUACAUGAACUCUGUGAGGAAGAGGAAAGGACUUUAUGUAGAAGAAAAGAUUGUGGAACAUGCCGAGAAACAGAGAACUCUUGGCAAGAACAAGUAAUUAUUUUAGAAGACAUUGGACAUACAGGCAGCCAAUCUUCCUUACCUAUCCACUUAGAAUUAAGAGCUGUUUCUCUUAUAUCUCAUAGGCUUGCAAAGUUUUUAAUAAAUCUGGUUGAUCGUUGAGUUCUAUCCAUUUUUUCUUUGCCAGCCCCUGUUCUCUACACACUGAUAUUUUGCUUUUUCAGCCAAGUUUUGGAUUUUAAAAACACAAUGAAUUUUAUUGCUUAAUAAAGCUAUUUAAGAAAUAUA